CAGAGAUCUGUAAACUCGUAGACGACGACUAUGCAGUUUUUCGUUUGGAAAUAACUCAAAGCCAGAAAGAAAACAGGGUAUUGCGGAGGAAACUACUGGAACUGAAGGUUGCACGGGAGCGCGCAGAGAGGACUACGCGAGAGCGCGUCCUCGCCAGUCGUCCCAGUAGUGUCCGAUACAGAGGAAUGGCAAGAGGUGAAGGACAUCUCACUGGAGGCCAAAGGAGCUUUGUGAAGCCAGCGGUACACAAUGCAUGGAGAGAUGACCAGCCAAUCACUGUUGAUGAGGGGAGUGGAACCUCAACCCAGCACGUUAUUGUGAUAGAGUCUGCAGAUGCAGAGGCUGCAGUUCCAGGGGUCAAGCAGGAGAGGUCUGAAGGAGUGGAGGACCCACGGCACAGCAGAGACAUCCAGACUGGUGCGCCCCCUGUAGCUACGGAGGAGCCCACCACCACCCCAGUGCAGCCCAGGACCCAAUGCAGCUUCACGGAGGUCAGUGGAACGCCGAACACCGUCCUCAAGUCAGAGACAGACACCAAGACUUUAACUGUACACACAGGAUCUGACCACAGAUCAGACCCAGAGAGACUGGGCCUGGGGAGACUGGGCUGUCGUCCUGCUCCCAGGUCAAAGUAUUUACCAGUAUUUCACCAGAGGACGGUUCAUUCCUGUGAGGAUGGUGAUGGUGAUGGUGAUGAUCCAUCUUGUUCUUACGCUACAGAGAUGGACCCUGGCAACAUAUCCUUGGGUUUAGAGACACAAACUGAUCUGUCUAGAGGGGACUGGAACCAGUACAGUAGUAGUGUAUACUCUGAAGGGUGCUUAGAUAAGAAAGGGGAGGGUCUGAUUGUAGAUGAGGUGACUGUGAACGUGGAGGGUGAUGUUUGUCCCACAUGGAAUGCAGAUAGUCACCUAGGAGACAGACACUCACAGGGCAGAGAUUUCUUAGAUUACAGGGAAAGCUUAGAGACAAAUCCAAAUGUCGCCACCCACUCCCUUUUACACACGUUCAGGGAUCACGACCCAGAGUCCACGUCGAUGGGGCCUUCCGAUUCACACAGCAGCGUCCUUUUCGAUCAGGUAUUGAACUCAAACGACAAAGCUAGAGCCCAGGCUCAGGGAGGAGGAGCCACAUCAGGCAAUAGUAAAGAGAAACGGUUCCUCUGCAUGUUCUGUAACAAAGGCUUCAGCUGCCCCCAGAAGGUGGAGAUCCACCAGAGGGUCCACACAGGGGAGAAACCAUUCAGCUGCCCCCAGUGUAACAUGCGCUUCGCUCAGGCCUGCAGCCUGAAGAGGCACCAGAAGGUCCACACAGGGGAGAAACCCUACAGCUGCCCCCAGUGUGAGAAGAAGUUCUCCCGCCAGCACCAGCUGAAGACGCACCUGAAGGUCCACACGGGAGAGAGGCCGUUCGCCUGUACGCACUGCGGGAAGAGGUUCUCAGAGAGGAGCUACCUCAGGAUACACCAGCAGAAAAACCAUUCCACUCUAUAACAUAGAAAGUAACUAUUCCACUCGAUAGCUUCUGAUGUUUAGAUCAAACCCUGCAUUAAAGGGAGACUCAGUAGACGCACAAAGUAAACGGCAGUAGUGGGGCAAUUUCCACAACAACUUAGAGCAUUGAAGCGAGAGGCUAAACUUCUCUGCGGUUUUGGUCCCACAGCUGUGCACAUGCGCAAAUACUCUUUGUGACUAGGUGAGAGCAAAGUCUUGCAUCUCGCUCAUCGCAAUAUCUGCGGUGCUGCUUGUGGAAACGUCAUAACGCUGAGUCUUUCUUUAAAGACAAAGGUUAAUUUUCAUCCAAAGAUGCAUUUGGAAUAACGAGAGUAACAGAUUUCAGUGUUGAAUAUUUCUGGGUAGAAUAUUGCAUCCAGACAUUGUGUGAUAUAAAAGGCAUAUACAAGCCUAAAAAGUCUGUAACAUAUUGUGUUUGUACUGUGUAGGCUAUAUGAUGUUCACAAAUGCCUAUUUUAUACUACUUUAAUGAGAAAAUGAAUGCAGUUUAUCAAGGUCUCUUUAGUUGAGACGUAUGUGUUUUUUAAUGUUGUAUUUAAAAAUCGUUUAUGUUUAAUAAACACAAAAUGGGACUUUU